AUGAAGCCGCUGAAGGAGAGGCUCAAAAAGUUUCGGAAGGGGAGGUCUUGCCCCGCCAAUGUUAGCUCGAACGAUGACGCCGCGGAACCUGCAUCGGGCGUUACGUCAUCAGUGCCUGUCUUCUCUCAAAUUCCAAGUCUUGGGGAGCCUCCUCAAACUCAACCUCGCAUCCAGUUCACGCGAUCAGAAGACCAAGAACAGAACCCCAAAGCUAACCAAAAUCGCCCCUCGCCCAAAACCGACGACACUAGCAGUCUGGCCAGCCAGCUCUGGACCCAGGCAUACGACGAGGUCAAAAGUGAUAACGAGAAGUUGGUGGAUGAAUACGAAACUAUUAUCUUGCGCACCGCUUUCCAAGAUGAGUCUACUCUACAGGAUGAGGGUGCCAGAGACUGCCAAAUCGGCGUUGCCCAGAAACGGACACGAAUGGUCCAAGCAGUUGAGGCCGGCUUAAAGAAGACCGAGGAAGAGGCCGCCCUGAAGCAGCAGGUACAGGAAGGUAUACGCAUCGUGACCUCAGUGAAAGAAUUCGUAGGAAAAGCGCUCAAGAACGCCCCGGAAGCAGCGGCUGCCUGGGGCGGGGUGUGCUUGUUGUUGCAGGUCCUUGAAAACCCAAUCAACGAGGCAACUGCAAAUCGAAGUGGCAUCUCUUACGUUGUUUCAAGGAUGGACUGGUAUUGGGAAUUGUCAAAUCUUCUUGACAAACCCCACGGAACGCAAACCUCGCUGCGGGGCGAACUGGAGAAGCACAUCAUCUCCCUCUACAAAGCGUUCCUGACAUACCAAAUGAAGAGCGUCUGCUCUUACUACCGAAACCGAAUUGCCGGAUUUCUUCGCGACGUAAUUAAGCUUGACGACUGGGAAGGCACCGUGAAGUCUAUCAAAGAUGCCGAGCAAGUCAUCCAGCAGGACAUUGACAAAUAUAGCAGCGAGGAUAUCAAGCAAUCGCUCAGGGACAUCGCCAAGCACGCAAACACCCAGUGCGAAUCCCUUGAAAGCCUUUGCGCGAAGCAGGAGGCCUGGCGACAAGACGACAAGAAUGUGAAAUGCCUUUCCGACCUGCGGCUAACUGAUCCUCGCCUUGAUAAAGAGCGCAUUGAGGAUACGAAGGGGGGUCUAUUCAAAGGCGCCUCCAACUGGAUUCUUGGCCACGAAGAUUUCCGAAAAUGGAUCGAAGACGAUAACGUCAAUCUAUUGUGGAUCAGGGGCGACCCAGGAAAGGGCAAGACAAUGCUUCUAAUGACUAUCGUCGACGAGCUAGAGCGGAAGAUAUCAAAGACCAGCACACUCGCCUACUUCUUCUGCCAAGGCACAGAUGAGAAGCUUAACAAUGCUACUACUGUUGUGAGGGGCUUGGUAUAUAUGCUCGCAUAUAAGUGUCCGAACCUCAUCACGCACCUUCAGAGAGACUAUGAUCGUGCGGGACGCGGGCUUUUCGAGGAUGGCAAUGCAUUCUACGCAUUGUCAGGUAUCCUAGAACGAAUGCUCGGCGAUGCCAGCCUUGGCAAAGUUCUAAUUGCAGUCGACGCCCUUGACGAAUGCAUCGUGGAUCAAGAUCGCCUCCUAAAGCUCAUCCUCCGCACAACCAGGUCUCGAGCUAGAUGGGUUGUCUCCAGCCGAAAUAAGGACGAGAUUGAUUAUGGUCUCCAGGGCGCUUCGGGAACUAAAUUAUCCUUGGAAAUCACGGAGAACGCAGAGCAGGUGGCUGACGCAGUCAACAAGUUCAUCGAUCAUAAAACCUCAGAGCUGCCGGUGCUGCGAGAUGACGAGAAGAAAAGAAACAUAGUGCGGGAUGUCAUACGCAGGAAGGCAGACGGCACAUUCCUCUGGGUUGCCCUUGUUACUGAAGAGCUUAGCAAAGCACAACCUUGGCGUGUACAACAAGUUGUUGAGGGCAUCCCUAGCGGCUUAAACGGCCUCUAUGAUCGCAUGAUUUCCCAGAUCGAGACGUCAGCGGGGAGCGAAUGGGAUCUUUGUCAACCUGUGCUAGCAACAGUGGUGUUGGCCCGUCGACCUCUCACUCUUGCUGAGCUAGGCAUCUUAUCGGGACUACCUCCGGAAAUCUCGGAUAAUCCGGCGUACGUUCGACUCGUCGUCGCCUCCUGUGGCUCCUUCCUCACAGUCAAGGGCCAAUCCGUAUAUGUCAUUCACCAGUCAGCCAAAGACUAUUUAUCCUCGAAAGCUAGCGUUUGUCCUGACGGCAAAGAGGCAAUGCACUAUGCUCUCCAUUUCCGGUCAAUUCAGGCCCUAUCAAGCCGUCCGCUGCAACGGAACAUCUACGCCAUCCCACAGCUCGGUCAAUUCACCGAUGAUGUCAAAAUACCAACGCCGGACCCAUUAGCCGCCUUGCGCUACUGUUGCGUUCACUGGAUCAAUCAUCUCUGUGAAGCAUUCUCAAAAGGCAGUGGUAGCAAGCACAGACAUCAUCUCGGUGACGAUGGCCCAAUUUUCUGCUUCCUUGAGGGCCAUUUCCUUCACUGGCUAGAGGCGACAAGCCUCAUACAAGCUAUGCCCGAAGCUAUCCUCUCAGUGAAAAGUUUGAGGAACUUACUCAGGACCCUCGGAGGCCAUAGCUAUUCGGUCAGCUCGGUAGCGUUUUCGCACGAUUCCAAGCUCGUGGCUUCAGCAUCCCACUGUACUGUUAAGAUUUGGGAUGUGGAAACGGGAGGCCAGGUCCGCACCCUCGAGGGCCAUAGUGAUAAGGUCACUUCAGUAACAUUCUCGCACGAUUCCAAGCUCGCGAUUUCAGUAUCCCGCUCGACUGCUAAGAUCUGGGAUGUGGAAACGGGAGGCGAAGUCCGUAGCCUUAUGAGUUACAUCGAGAAGGUAGCGUUCUCACACGAUUCCAAGCUUGUGGCUUCAGCAUCCGGCUGUACUGUUAAGAUCUGGGAUGUGAAUACGGGCGGCGAGGUCUGCACCCUCGCGGGCCAUAGUGAUAAGGUCACAUCAGUAGCAUUCUCGCACGAUUCCAAGCUCGUGGCUUCAGGAUCCUAUGACCGAACUGUUAAGAUCUGGGAUGUGGAAACCGCAGGUGGUGAGGGAACAAGGGGCGUGGUCCGCACCCUCAAGGGCUAUAACCAUCAGGUUAUAUCAGUAGCGUUCUCGCAUGAUUCCAAACUUGUGGCUUCAGCAUCCGAUGAUGGUGCUGUUAAGAUCUGGGAUGUGGAAGCGGGCAAUGGGGUCAACCUCACCACCCUUAAGGGCCAUGGCUAUUGGACCCAGUCGCUAGCCUUCUCACAGGAUUUCAAGCUCGUGGCUUCAGCAUCCCAGCGCACUAUUAAGAUCUGGGGUUUGGACACGGGCAAUGGAGUUAACCUUACCACCCUCGAGGGCCAUGGCGAUCAGGUCACAUCAGUAGCGUUCUCACACGAUUCCAAGCUCGUGGCUUCAGCAUCCUAUGACCGUACUGUUAAGAUCUGGGAUAUCGAAGCGAGUGAUAAUGUUGUCGACCUUACCACCCUCGAGGGCCAUGGCGAUCAGGUCACAUCAGUAGUGUUCUCGCCUAAUUCUAAGCUCCUAGCUUCAGCAUCUUAUAACGGUACUAUUAAGAUCUGGGAUGUGGAAACUGCAGAAGAUGAGGUCUGCACCCUCAAGGGCCAUGGCUAUGGGCUCAUGUCGGUAGCGUUCUCGCCUGAUUCCAAGCUCAUGGCUUCGGCAUCUCGCCUUACUCUCAAGAUUUGGGAUAUGGGAAUUGCAGGUGGUGAGGUCUGCACCCUCGAGGACUAUGGGUAUAACGAUUACAUUACACCGGUAGCGUUCUCUCACGAUUCUAAGCUUGUGGCUUCAGCAUCCGGCUAUACUGUUAAGAUCUGGGAUGUGAAUACGGGCGGCGAGGUCUGCAUGCUCGUGGGCCAUAGUGAUAAGGUCACGUCACUAGCGUUCUCGCACAAUUCCAAGCUUGUAGCUUCAGCAUCUGAUGACCAUACUGUUAAGAUCUGGGAUAUGGAAACGGGAGUUGAGAUCCGCACCCUCAAGGGCCAUUCCGAUGGGGUCACAUCGGUAGCGUUCUCGCACGAUUCCAAAUUGGUUGCUUCAGCAUCUUAUGGUGAUAUUAAGAUCUGGGGUGUGGAAACCACUAGGGAAACCACUAGUGAUGAGGUCUACACUCGCGAGAUUCCUAGUUGGACAAUGGAUCAGCUGGAAUGGAUCACCAGCACUUUGGCUGCCCCCAGAUUACCAGCCAUUGUGCUCGGCUGUGUCACGGAUGAAGGUGGUGGUCGGCUGCGGUUCCGGGAGGGUCGUUAUAUUGAGGUUUUCCGGAGCACCUAG